CGAGUUUCUAUUUAAAACAUCUGCCUCUAAUUAUUAGGAUGUUCCACAUACGUUAGACACAUUGGAGGCCUAAGAACAAAUACUAAUUGGGUUUCAGUUAAAACAUAAAUGAAGUGGCUUGCUUACAUUCUUAUUUUCUAUUCUAAUUUUUAAUUGAACUUACUCCACAUUAUUUUAAUUAAUAAUCUCUGCAUUUUGAACCAUUCCCUGGGGGGGUCUUGCUCAAGGACACACCUGGUGCCUUGAACCUGUGACCAGACCAGGCCAGGUUCCCAGACCAACCACUAACUGACAGAUGACAAGGUUACACAUUCUUGUACAGAUGUGAGCUGUUUUGUGGAUCAUGUGAAACAUAUUAAAUGUUUCUGGGGUGACCAGGGGAUUCCUGAUGUCAACUACACAUUCUCCAGCCGGUUCAGUAACAACAAAGAAUUCAUGAGCUGCGACACUUAUUUGCCAGAAAACGGUAGGACAAUCGGAUGUAAACAGCCGUGUGACAAUGCCUCGAGCCAGAGGUUCUCUACAUUUUUCACCAAACUGGUUUACGGCAAUCAGACUGUUGAGGCGAAACAUGAUCUGAGAAACAGAGUCCUGUUACAUCCACCAGUGAAUCUGACUAUACAGAAAGAAUCAGACUCUAACGUGUGGUUGUACUGGAACCAGACUAUGAGAGGUUGUGUGGAAAGUGAGGUUUGCUCAAGGAUCAAUGAUAACAAGUGGGAGACCUCCAAAAUCAGCACAGGAAUGCAGAGUUUCUGCAUCAACUUACCCAACAGCAAAUACCGAUAUGAGCUGAAGGUACGCAGCAAAUUUGGAAGCAGCUGUGGAGAGUCGAUAUUCUGGAGCAAUUGGAGCGAGCCCGUUGUCUGGGGGUCCAACAACAGCACAGACACUAGUCAGGCCAGCUCAAUGUCCGUUUUGACUCCAGUGCUGUAUGUGGUGGGUGCUAUCACGCUCAUCAUACUGGUCCUGAUGUUGCUGCACUGUGAAAGGCUCAGAGUCAUCCUCAUCCCUGUGGUGCCCAAGCCUUCCCUGAUCGACCAGGACAUGGAGAACUGGCUUCAGUCCUCCAAAGGCCUGAAUUCCGAGAGCUUCAAGGCGAACUACAACGAGCGCGCCUGUACCGUCCGCGAGUACUGCCAAGUCACGCAGUUCGACAGCGAGAGCUCCGACGGCUCCGCCUGCUCCGUCACCACGUUCCAAACCGACUGCUCCGUCUCCAUCCCAGCCAACAAACCAGAGGACCUGUCUCCCCCCAGCUCCUCGUCCACCUCCACAGUCACCGUGUAAUGUAAGCAGGACCUGAUUGUGGUUGAUUAGGAGGCAACUCAUCAUUAGGGUUUGCAAAAUCUUUAUUUACUGACGUCCACGCCUCUCGCGUGACUGCAUGGAACAAAAUGAAUGUAAUGACGUCUGAGUGGUUCCUGGAUCCUUUUUAACAUAAUGUGCUUCAAGUGUUCAAAUCAUUCUGUUCGUUCCAUUCAUUCCAUUGUAGUUUUCAUUUUAUCCAUAGCUAUUUCACUACAGGUUUUUAAACAUCUAUUUUCUAUAAUCUCUCAAUGAAUGUAAAAGUAUGAAACAGUGAAAUCACUGACAUGUAUUUCAUAUUCAGUAUUAUGUAAUUAAACGUAACCAUAUGUAUGAAUCAUAAAAUGUCUUUGCAGGGCAGUUCAUUGGAAAUGAGCUCUGAUCUUAAUGUGCUGAUGUGGUCAGAGAUUAAAUGCCAAGUCAAAUGUCAGCCACACGUGUGGCAAAUGGCCUUGUUGGAUCAUCUCUGUUCUAUUUUUUACUCAUUUCAAUUGGUAUUCAUCAAACAUUAACAAAUAAGUUGGUGAACUGAACAUGAGGCUAAGCUGUAGUUUACUUCAUGAGCUGAUCUAUUGUAAAUGUGUAUUUCUAUAUCUGCAGUGAUGCCUUUCGUUCAUCUUUUCCUACCUGUAGAUAAAGAUGGUUGAUGCAUGUGCCAAUAUAAAAACUCAUUUUUUUGAAAAUCUCUCA